AUGGCCGACGCUAAACGAUCCGCCGUUGACCGUAAACAACGGAUUCUCUCGCGACGGGAGAUCGAGGGAUUGAUUGCAGAGGGUCGACACAUUGUGAUAUACGAUGGAAAAGUCUUGAAGACAGAUGCAUGGUUGCAAUACCAUCCUGGUGGCCAGAUCUCAAUCAAGCACAUGGUCGGUCGCGAUGCUACGGACGAGAUCAAUGUGUAUGUCCGCAUCUUUAUUUUGAGCCUUAUGGCCGUGGUCGAUACUAACAAUCGUUUGGUAUAUAGUUUGCACUCCGUCGAAGCCCGUCAACGCAUGCUCGCAUACCAGAUCGGACGUAUACAAGGACGAUGGAAUAACUUUCUUCCCCCCAUCCAAGGCGGCCAAUUUCGUCUUUACAGUAAGGAUGAAGUGAAUGGCUCAGAUGACUCGAGUGAUGCCAGUUCACGUUCUUCUUCCCCGGUCUUUGACGAGCCGAUUGACGCAGAUACUGGUCUGCGGCGGAGAAACUCUGUCUCAACAGUAGCAUCGUCUACUUCACCUGCACCAUCACGUGAUGAAAUGUCGGAAUCCCAUUUUUCGUUCCUGGAUGCCCGGACACAGCAAGAGAUUGUACUCGAUACUGCCAAAUACCCUGCUCUUGAUGCAACUUCGCAGGAUUAUAUUGUUCAGAAAUAUCGUGAGCUGGAACAGAGAAUUGCCUCUCAAGGGCUUUACGAUUGCAACUACUGGGGUUAUUUCAGAGAAUGUUGUCGGUACACAUUAUUCGCUGCAUUGAGUUAUACCUUCCUCCAAUGGGGUUGGUAUAUGCUGUCUGCAUUCUUUCUCGGAUGUUUGUGGCAUCAAUUAGUCUUCACAGUCCAUGAUGCCGGUCAUAUGGGCAUCACUCACCAUUUCCACUUGGACACAACUAUUGGCAUGACCAUUGCUAGCUACAUAGGCGGAUUGAGUCUAUGUUGGUGGAAACAUAACCAUAACGUUCACCACAUUGUGACAAAUGCCCCCGAGCACGAUCCGGAUAUUCAACAUAUGCCAUUCUUCGCCAUCUCCCACCGACUACUUACCAGUCUCCGCAGCACAUACUACGGUAUUGUCAUGAAAUAUGACUUUGCCGCUAAGAUGUUUUUGCAAGUUCAAAACUAUCUUUACUAUCCCAUCAUGUGUUUUGCUCGAUUCAAUCUUUAUGCCUUGAGCUACGGUCACCUUUUCUUAGGAAAGGGUCCGAAAAAGGGGCCAGCCUGGUGGCACAGAUGGUAUGAGAUUGUUGGAGUCUGCUUCUUUUGGACCUGGUUUGGAUAUGGGGUUUUGUACCGGUCGCUCCCCAACUGGUCGACUCGAAUUGGGUACCUUCUCAUAUCACACAUGGUCACGUCACCGCUCCAUGUGCAAAUCACACUCUCUCAUUUCGCCAUGUCUACCGCUGAUCUGGGGAUACACGAGUCUUUCCCUCAGAAAAUGCUCCGGACAACUAUGGACGUCGACUGCCCUACCUGGCUAGACUUUUUCCAUGGGGGUCUACAAUUCCAGGCAAUCCACCAUUUGUUUCCUCGAAUCCCUCGCCACAAUCUUCGAGAAACCCAAAAGCUCGUCCGUGACUUCUGCCGCGAGGUCGAGAUUCCGUAUGCCAUCUUCACUUUCGUCGAUGGCAACAAGGAAGUGAUUUCCCGUUUGGCCGAUGUUGCGAAACAAGCCAAGAUAAUGGAAGAGUGUAGGAAGUCGAUUGCUCGAGAAGGGGUUUUUGCUGCUCAUCAUUAA